UUUUAACGUAUAUUUAUUUAUUUAAUAUGGGGCGCACCAUCCUUUUGACAAUUGCCGUUCUUUCCAUCUUAUUAUGCCAGGGUUUUUGUUCGGGAGUUUUCGAACUUAAAUUGCAAGAGUUUUUGAACAAGAAGGGAGUCCAGGGGAACAAAAACUGUUGCAAGGGCGGGCUUGCGUCUUCGUUUCAGCAGCAAUGUGAAUGUAAAACAUUUUUCAGAAUCUGUUUGAAACACUAUCAACCAAAUGCAUCACCGGAGCCACCUUGCACCUUCGGAGGCGCUGUUACACCAGUGCUUGGGUCUAACUCUUUUCAAGUUCCCGAAAUCAUCCCAGAGAGUUCAUUCACGAACCCAAUUAGAAUAAACUUUGGUUUCACAUGGCCGGGGACAUUCUCGCUGAUCAUUGAGGCAUUGCAUACAGACUCCAAAGAAGAUCUUUCUACAGAUAAUCCAGACCAUGUUAUCAGCACAAUGGCCACUCAGAGGCAUCUAACGGUGGGAGAGGAAUGGUCUCAGGACCUGCACACCGGUGGAAGAACCGAACUGAAGUACUCAUACCGUUUUGUGUGUGAUGAGCACUACUAUGGCGAUGGGUGCUCAGUGUUCUGUCGUCCCAGAGAUGAUGCUUUUGGCCACUUCACAUGUGGAGAGCGCGGCGAGAUUGUGUGCGAUGCAGGGUGGAAAGGACAAUAUUGCACAGAACCUAUCUGCCUGCCAGGAUGUGAUGAAGAACAUGGCUUUUGUGAGAAGCCAGGGGAGUGCAAGUGUAGAGUGGGGUUCAAAGGUCGCUACUGUGAUGACUGCAUCCGUUACCCAGGCUGCCUCCAUGGGACCUGCCAGCAGCCGUGGCAGUGUAACUGUCAGGAGGGCUGGGGGGGGCUUUUCUGUAACCAAGAUCUCAACUACUGCACUCACCACAAGCCCUGCAUGAAUGGGGCUACUUGUAGCAACACUGGCCAGGGAAGCUACACCUGCUCCUGUAGGCCAGGCUUCACGGGCUCCAGCUGUGAGAUUGAAGUUAAUGAGUGUAGCGGGAAGCUCUGCCGCAACGGAGGAAGCUGCACUGACAUGGAGAACAAAUACACAUGUGCUUGCCCUCCUGGUUUCUAUGGUAAAAACUGCGAGCUAAGUGCCAUGACAUGUGCGGAUGGGCCCUGCUUCAAUGGAGGCCGCUGUGCUGACAACCCUGAUGGAGGCUACUUCUGCCAGUGUCCCACAGGCUAUGCCGGCUUUAACUGUGAGAAGAAGAUUGACCAUUGCACUUCCGGUCCAUGUUCAAAUGGUGCCCGCUGUGUUGAUCUUGUCAACUCCUACCUGUGUCAGUGUCCGGAAGGAUUCACAGGGAUGAACUGCGACCACACGGGAGACGAGUGUUCAAUGUACCCUUGCCAAAAUGGUGGUACCUGCCAGGAAGGCCCAAAUGGGUACAUUUGCACCUGCCCUCCAGGCUACACAGGGCAUAACUGUAGUUCCCCCAUCAGCCGGUGUGAACACAAACCCUGCCACAAUGGCGCCACCUGCCAUGAAAGGAACAACCGGUAUGUGUGCGCUUGUGUACCUGGUUACGGUGGCCGCAACUGCCAAUUUCUUCUCCCAGAGCAUGCUGCUCUCCGAGGCUCUGAAAUUCCCUGGAUGGCCAUUGGUUCUGGGGUGGCACUGGUGUUGUUGCUGUUGGCGGGCUGUGCAGUGUUGGUGGGUUGCAUCCGCUCUAAGGUGCAGCGUAGAAGUCAGGGUGACGUUGGUGAAGGAGAAACCAUAAACAACCUAACCAACAACUGUCAUCGGAGUGAUAAGGACCCUGCAGUUAGCAUUGUCGCAACAUCUGGCAUUAAGAACAUCAAUAAGAAGAUGGACUUCUGCAGUGACCCUGAUGAGGGAGCUUCACCUGGGAGGAGCAGCUACAAAAGCCAACACCCGCCGGCGGACUAUAAUCUUGUGCAUGAGGUCAACUACGAGCAGGCGGCCAAGGAGUUGACACUAGAGGCAGCCUGCGAGGAGAAGUGCCAAAUGCUGGACUCAUGCGGGUUUGAGGAGAAACGCACCAAACGAUUAAAAAGUGAUGCAGCAGAAAAGAAAGUUCCAGAAAUGUCUGCAUGUGCGGACACAAAGUACAAAUCCGUGUUUGUGAUGUCAGAGGAGAAGGAUGAAUGUAUAAUCGCAACCGAGGUGUAACAAGCCACAAAGAGGCUGUUGCUCAUUGGCUCUAUGGGAGAGUUUUUAUACUCCUUCAAAUGCUGCUCUAACCCUAGGGGGAGGUGUCCUGCCUUGAGACUGCUGCUGAUACUGAGACGUUUAACUGAUAUUCAGAGUGAGCUGGUUCUCUACUGGAAACUAAGCGCAGACAGUUGCGGCCUGUGGGAUAGGAAUCGGAGGGGCAAAGACGUUUUACCUUUUAAAGACACCACUAUUCAUGCUUCCGUCCACUUUCAAAUUGUUUAUAAGAUUUUUAAUCAAAUCGAGAAAUGUCAGUCACAGAGAGCAUUUGGUUAGUGUAAAUGGAAACGUUUGAAGUUUUUGCAACAUUUGCACCCAGCCCUUUUCUCUAACCUACAAGCCGUUGCUGAGCGCAGGAACUGCAUCAAACGGUGGAUGUUUGGCCAUACUGGCCUGUUUUUCACAAAGCUGUUCAUAUGGGCUGUGAUCCCGUCACUAACCUGUGAAGACUGUUAACGUGUACUUGAUCACUGUGUAAAACUGGAGUGUAUUGUUUCUAAGCCCUCUGAACCAUUUAUGACAUAGUAUUGUUAUUGGACAUGCGUUUUGUCUAUUUCCUUAAAAAAAAAAUAUUGAUAAGGAUUAUUUGCUUUUAUAAAAAGAAAAAAAAGAUAUUGAUGACAAGAUAUAUGAUUUAAAUUUGUAUAAUUUAAUUGUUAUUUUAUUUGGUGGUGUUGUAUAUUUGUGACAUUAUUAUUUAAGUUUUUUUUAUUGCUGAUAUUUGCAAAGGCACUUCAGGUCAAUGGGAUUGUUUUUUUUUAAAGAAAUGUUAUUUAAGGAAGGACUGUACAAAAUGUUACUACUUUUACU